AUGUCCAUCAUCCAGCAGCACACGAGCGCCUCGCUCAGCGAUGCCUGGCGCACAAUCAACAUUGACGCCCUGACCGAGGACUCGAGCGUCAACUUUGACACCUCGACCCUGCACCCGCCGCAGCCCGAAAUCACAGAGGCCGACGUGCGCGGGCUGUCGGGCCAGGUCAGGCAGCUGCUGCGCGGCGGCGAUGCCGAGGGAGCUCUCCGCGGGUGCCUCGAGACGCCGGUAUAUAAUGGGACGGAUGCAGCCAAGGAUGCCCAUCUACAAACAAUCACCGAAGUCUUGCAGUCCAUCAAGGCCAGCGACAUGACGCCGCUGCUGAAGCGCAUCUACGAGUCUCCCGGCGGUAGCGAAUGCCUCGACGUUCUCAUGAAGUACAUCUACAAGGGAAUGGCGACAUCGAACGCCGGACGCGGGGCGAAGGUCACACCUCAGCCCACCGGCGGUUUCAGCCAGUUCGGCGCCCGUCCCGGCGCGUCCAAUGAGCCGGCCUCGGCCGGCAUGAGCGUCAUGCUUAGCUGGCACGAGAAGCUCGUCGAAGUGGCUGGUCUAGGAUGCAUCGGUAGAACAAUGACCGAUUGGCGCCGAGUAUAA